AUGUCGAAUCUCGAGCCGGCGGCUCCGCAGACGCUGGUACGGCGGCCGUCGAGGAGCGCAGCCAUGACAACGUUCUCGACGGAGGUGUUUGACGAUGAUGUCGUAGUGCCGUCGUCACUGGCCUCCAUCGCGCCCAUCCUACGUGUCGCCAAUGAAAUCGAAAGCGAGCGCCCUAGGGUUGCUUAUCUAUGUCGAUUCUAUGCGUUUGAGAAGGCACACAGGUUGGAUCAGAGCUCCAGCGGGCGUGGUGUGAGGCAGUUUAAGACGCUGUUACUUCAACGUUUGGAGAGGGACAAUGCGACAAGUCUUGCCUCCCGAGUUAAGAAGACAGAUGCAAGGGAAAUCCAGGCCUAUUAUCAACAAUACUAUGAGCACUAUGUUAGAGCUCUUGACCAAGGAGAACAAGCUGACAGAGCACAGCUUGGUAAAGCAUACCAAACUGCAGGGGUACUCUUUGAAGUGCUUUGUGCAGUUAACAAGACUGAGAAAGUUGAAGAAGUUGCUCCUGAGAUUAUUGCAGCAGCUAGAGAUGUCCAAGAAAAGACGGAGAUUUAUGCCCCUUUCAACAUUCUUCCAUUGGAUUCUGCUGGGGCUUCUCAGCAAAUUAUGCAGCUGGAAGAGAUUAAGGCAGCAGUUUCUGCUCUGUGGAACACCCGGGGGUUGAACUGGCCAAGUACGUUCGAGCAACACAGGCAGAGAAGUGGGGAUUUGGACUUGCUUGAUUGGCUUAGAGCCAUGUUUGGCUUCCAGAAGGACAAUGUCAGGAACCAAAGAGAGCACUUGAUUCUGCUUCUUGCUAACUCUCAUAUAAGGCUCAAUCCAAAACCUGAGCCUCUCAACAAGCUGGAUGACCGGGCUGUUGACGAAAAGAUGAAUGAACUCUUUAAGAAUUACAAGAAUUGGUGCAAGUUUUUAGGAAGAAAACAUAGUUUACGACUCCCCCAGCAAGGUCAGCAAGAGAUACAGCAGAGAAAGCUACUAUAUAUGGGGUUAUAUCUUCUCAUAUGGGGUGAAGCUUCCAAUCUUCGUUUCAUGCCAGAGUGCCUAUGCUAUAUAUUUCACAAUAUGGCCUAUGAACUUAACGGUCUAUUGGCCGGAAAUGUUAGCAUUGUCACGGGUGAAAAUAUCAAACCUUCCUAUGGUGGUGAGGAUGAGUCAUUCCUUCGCAAAGUUGUAACUCCCAUAUACCGAGUUAUUGAAAAUGAAGCACAGCGGGGUAAAAAUGGAACUGCACCCCACUCAUCAUGGUGCAACUAUGAUGAUCUAAAUGAGUAUUUCUGGUCACCUGAUUGUUUUUCGCUUGGAUGGCCCAUGCGUGAUGAUGGUGAUUUUUUCAAGUCCACAUUUGUGUCACAGGGAAGACACGGUGCUCGUAAGAAAGCUGGGAAAACGGGCAAAUCAAAUUUUGUUGAGAGCCGUUCAUUCUGGCACAUCUUUCGCAGUUUUGAUCGUCUCUGGACAUUCUAUAUAAUGGCAUUGCAGGUUAUGAUUAUUAUUUCGUGGAACAAUACUCAAUUGAACGAACUCUUUCAAAAACCACUCUUAUUCAAACUCUCUAGUAUAUUCAUCACAGCAGCCAUACUACGCUUACUACAAGGUAUCUUGGACUUGGUUCUGAACUUUCCUGGGUAUCAUCGUUGGAGAUUCACUAAUGUACUACGGCUUUUACUGAAAAUAAUUGUUAGCAUACUUUGGGUCAUAAUUCUUCCACUGUUGUAUAUUGGUUCCUUCGAGAAUAAUAAUAAUGUCCCAGAGUUUAUCACGAAGAUACUUUCGUUCUUGGGUGAUACAAAGGGCCUUCCACAAUUGUAUUUAUUGGCAGUUGCAGUGUACUUGCUUCCCAAUGCAUUGACAGUAUUUCUCUUCUUCUUCCCAAUGCUCAGGCGUUGGAUUGAAAACUCAGACUGGCGUAUUGUAAGAUUCUUCAUGUGGUGGGCUCAGCCAAGAAUCUAUGUUGGAAGAGGAAUGCAUGAGAGUCAAUUUUCUCUCUUUAGGUACACAUUCUUUUGGCUGCUUCUUUUGGCUUCCAAAGUGGCAUUUAGCUAUUUCAUCCAGAUUAAACCUCUAGUGGAGCCAACUAAGGAGAUAAUGAGGAUUCGCCAUGUUGAUUAUGCUUGGCAUGAGUUUUUCCCUAAUGUUACACAUAACUAUGGUGCAGUCAUUGCACUCUGGUCACCUGUAGUGCUGGUCUAUUUCAUGGACACUCAAAUUUGGUAUGCCAUUUUCUCAACUUUGUCUGGUGGUGUUGUUGGAGCCUUUGAUCGUUUAGGAGAGAUUCGAACUUUGACCAUGCUAAGAUCACGGUUUCAGUCAUUGCCCGGCGCAUUUAACGCAUUCUUGGUCCCUACUGACAAAAACCAGAAGAGGAGAUUCUCUUUGUCAAAGCGUUUUGCUGAGGUUACUCCCAGUAGAAGGGUUGAAGCUGCUAAAUUUGCUCAAUUAUGGAAUGAAAUUAUCUGUAGUUUCCGUGAGGAAGAUAUCAUAAGUGAUAGGGAGAUGGAUCUUUUGAUGGUUCCUUACUCAUUAGACCCUAGCUUGAAAAUAAUUCAAUGGCCACCAUUUUUGCUUGCAAGCAAGAUUGCUGUAGCACUAGAUAUGGCAGCUCAAUUUCAUGGAAAGGACUCUGAUCUUUGGAAGCGCAUUUGUCAUGAUGAAUAUAUGAAAUGUGCUGUCAUUGAAUGCUAUGAAGCUUUUAAGAAUGUUCUAAAUACUUUGGUGGUUGGUGACCUUGAGAAAAGGACGAUCUCCGUGAUCUUCAAGGAAGUUGAGAACAGCAUCUCCAAGAAUACCCUUCUUACAAAUUUCCGAAUGGCAUUUUUGCCCAACCUUUGUAAGAAAUUUGUUGAGCUUGUUGAAAUUUUGAAAGAUGCAGAUCCUUCGAAGCGAGGAACAGUGGUAGUCUUAUUGCAAGAUAUUUUAGAAGUAUUUACCCGUGAUAUGAUGGUGAAUGACAUUAGUGAGUUAGCAGAACUUAAUCAUAGUAGCAAGGACACUGGAAGGCAACUUUUUGCUGGUACUGAUGCAAGACCGGCCGUGUACUUCCCUCCUGUGCUUACAGCACAAUGGGAGGAACAGAUUAGACGCCUGCAUUUACUUUUGACAGUGAAGGAGUCUGCUAUGGAGGUCCCAACAAACCUUGAGGCACGCAGAAGGAUUACAUUCUUCACCAAUUCAUUGUUCAUGGAUAUGCCGCGUGCUCCAAGGGUUCGCAAAAUGCUCUCAUUCAGUGUCAUGACUCCAUACUAUAGUGAAGAGACUGUCUAUUCCAAGAAUGACCUUGAGGUUGAAAAUGAGGAUGGUGUGUCAAUCAUAUAUUACCUGCAAAAGAUCUACCCUGAUGAAUGGAACAACUUCAUGGAGCGACUUGAUUGCAAGAAAGAUAGCGAGGUCUGGGAGAAAGAGGAGAAUGUGUUGCAAUUACGUCAUUGGGCCUCGUUAAGAGGACAAACUCUUUGCCGGACAGUUAGGGGAAUGAUGUACUACAGGCGAGCUCUUAAGCUCCAAGCUUUUCUUGAUAUGGCUAAUGAAAGGGAGAUACUCAAUGGCUAUAAGGCUGUUACUGUUCCAUCCGAGGAAGAUAAGAAGAGUAAGAGAUCUCUGUAUGCCAGUAUCGAAGCUGUUGCUGACAUGAAAUUCACAUAUGUCGCCACGUGUCAGAUCUAUGGUAAUCAGAAGCGCAGCGGAGACCGCCGGGCAACAGACAUAUUGAAUUUGAUGGUUAACAAUCCUUCCCUUCGUGUGGCUUAUAUUGAUGAAGUUGAAGAAAGAGAAGCCGGAAAAGUACAGAAGGUUUAUUAUUCUGUGCUAGUCAAAGCUGUGGACAACCAUGACCAGGAAAUAUAUAGAAUAAAAUUGCCAGGUCCACCCAAGAUAGGAGAAGGAAAACCUGAAAAUCAAAAUCAUGCUAUCAUUUUCACUAGAGGGGAAGCUCUUCAGACAAUUGACAUGAACCAGGAUAAUUACUUGGAAGAAGCUUUGAAAAUGCGUAACCUUCUAGAAGAAUUUAAUGAGGAUCAUGGCGUUCGUCGACCUACUAUACUAGGUGUUCGUGAGCAUAUCUUCACUGGCAGUGUUUCUUCCUUGGCUUGGUUUAUGUCAAAUCAAGAAACAAGUUUUGUCACUAUUGGCCAAAGAGUUCUUGCAAGACCCCUAAAGGUUCGGUUCCACUAUGGUCAUCCUGAUGUUUUUGAUAGAAUUUUCCAUAUCACCCGUGGAGGUAUCAGCAAGGCUUCUCGUGUAAUAAAUCUUAGUGAAGACAUUUUUGCUGGAUUCAACUCCACACUAAGGCGUGGAAACAUUACUCAUCAUGAAUACAUCCAAGUUGGAAAGGGUAGAGAUGUUGGUCUCAAUCAAAUCUCACUCUUUGAAGCAAAGGUGGCCUGUGGUAAUGGAGAACAGACACUUAGCAGGGAUGUCUACAGGCUGGGGCAUCGUUUCGACUUUUUCCGCAUGCUAUCAUUCUAUUUCACAUCUAUUGGAUUUUACUUCAGCUCAAUGGUUGUGGCCCUCACUGUUUAUGCAUUCUUGUAUGGCAAACUUUACCUGUCAUUGAGUGGACUUGAGGCUGCAAUAGUUAAGUUGGCAAAUAGAAGGGGAGAUGAGGCACUGAGGGCAAUAAUGGCUUCACAAUCCCUUGUUCAAAUAGGGCUAUUAAUGACUUUGCCCAUGAUCAUGGAAAUAGGACUUGAGAGAGGUUUCAGAUCCGCUAUGGGAGAGAUGAUAAUAAUGCAGUUGCAGCUAGCACCCGUUUUCUUCACUUUCUCUCUUGGAACCAAGUUGCACUACUACGGACGCACCCUUCUUCACGGAGGUGCAAAGUACAGAGCAACUGGUCGUGGCUUCGUUGUUCGCCACGAGAAGUUUGCUGAGAAUUACAGGCUGUACUCUAGGAGUCACUUUGUGAAAGGGAUUGAGCUUUUAAUAUUGCUCAUAGUUUACAGGGCUUAUGGUUCAGCAGCAAUUGGUGGAGCUUACGCUUUCCUUUCAUGGUCAAUGUGGUUCUUGGUUUGUUCUUGGCUGUUUGCUCCUUUCCUUUUUAAUCCAUCUGGAUUUGAGUGGCAGAAGAUAGUUGAAGACUGGGAUGACUGGAAGAAAUGGAUAAGUAGCCGAGGUGGCAUUGGUGUUCCUGGAAAUAAAAGCUGGGAAUCAUGGUGGGAUGAGGAACAAGAGCAUUUGCAAUACACUGGGUUCAUGGGAAGGUUUUGGGAGUGUUUCCUAGCCCUGCGUUUCUUUGUCUAUCAAUAUGGCAUUGUGUAUCAGCUCCAUAUAUCAAGAGGCGACAAGAGCAUUGUGGUUUAUGGUCUGUCCUGGCUUGUCAUAGUAGCUAUCAUGAUCACCUUGAAGAUUGUGUCCUUGGGUAGCAAGAAGUUCAGCGCGGACUUCCAAUUGAUGUUCCGUCUUCUCAAAUUCUUCCUAUUUGUUGGAACCGUUGUCGCCUUUACCUUAAUGUUUGUCCUGCUAGGUCUCACCGUUACUGACAUAUUUGCCAGCCUCUUAGCCUUUUUUCCAACAGGCUGGGCUCUUGUACAGAUAGCACAAGCAUGCAAGCCUAUUGUGAAGGCCAUAAGAAUGUGGAGUUCUGUCAAAGCUUUAGCAAAAGGCUACGAAUAUCUGAUGGGAGUUAUUAUCUUUGCACCUGUUGCUGUAUUGGCAUGGUUCCCUUUUGUAUCAGAAUUUCAAACUAGGCUUCUCUUCAACCAAGCUUUCAGUAGAGGGCUUCAAAUCCAGCGUAUUUUAUCUGGCGGUAAGAAGAAUAAGUAAAGAAUCAUCCAAACACCUUUGUGGCAAAUUGUUGCUGACAGAAUAUGAGAUAAGAGUACAUGCAAAUUGGGAAAUCAAAGCAAAUUUACAUGAUCAAAGAGCACAUGCUGCGGUUAGAUUAUUGUAUUGUAGAAAUGGCCAGUUGAGUCAUGGUUUUUGGAGGGGGAGUUCAGCCAGCAUUUGUUCAUAAAUUAUUUUAUUGCAAAAGAAUUAUAUCUUGAUUCUAAAGUAUCAUAAAAUUUCACCUUCAAUUCUUCAUUCUUGUUAUUCUUUUUAAUUUUAGGAAAGGAAGAAUUGAAUGUGAACUUUUGUAUGUACCCUAUUGAUUCUGUACUCUAAUAUUCCUAAUUGUGACUCUUCAGCUUUUAGAGUCAGAAGGGCAAGUUUUA